AUGGGCGCCAAUCUAUCGGCGAAGAAAGAGCCGCCGAUAAUUGCCGUCUGCGAUGCGCCGGUGUUUUGUGUGAAGAAGAUGGGGACACGGCAUUUGUUGGUGGCUGGUGGAGGUGGUGCGGCGAAGACCGGGGUUCCAAACCAAAUAGAGACGUUGCUCAUCACGUUCGACCCGAAGGCCAUCCGAUUUCCGUCAGCUGGUGCGGCAACGAAGGUCACCAACAAGCUCAACACCGAUCCAUACGCGACGAUGACAUUGGAUAUUGCGCAUAUCGAGCAUCCGGUGACUGGCACUUAUUUGAUCGCUGCUGGACACGAUCAGUAUUGCAAACUGUACGAGACGACUGGCUUCGAGGUUGAUCCUGAGGAAUUCAAGAAUGAUCCGAAGCAUCUCGGCUUCAAAUGGCGAGAGGUUGGGCGAUUGACAACGACAGAUCUACAAGAGAAUGCAUAUCUUAAAGUGGUGAAAUUCGAUCGAAGUCGACCUCGAGGGCAACGAUUGGCCACUGGCAGUACGGAUGGCCAUAUUCGAAUGUGGGAGACGAAGAAUAUCUUUGACAAUCGGGACCCAACACUGACGCACCAUCCAAUCCUGGAUAUUGCCGUCAAUCAAUCAGAAGUGGAUGAUCUCGAAUUCUCGAAUGAUGGAUCGAUUAUUGCAUCUGUUGGCGAGGGAAAGGCUAUAUUAUGGGAUGUGAAUAGCGGAAAGAAGCUUCUCGAUCUGCCGAUGCCCGCCCCGGAAUGGGAGAAAAAGUACAAGGUUCGCUUCGUCCGUUUCACCCCGUAUGGUGAAGGGAGACACGUCUUUGUCGUCGCCUACAAUCAAAUUCAACGGAGUUCCAAAUCGAAUUGCUAUGUGGUGCUGUGGGCGUAUAAUAGGGAAAGAGCCGCCUGUCGACCCGUGGUCAUCAAGGAAAUGCCGAAAGAGGCGAUCGCGAGUCUAUGCGUCUCCCCAUGCGGCGAUUUCACGGGUGUUGGCACGAUGGAGGGCACGGUGGCCAUUCUCGAUACAAAUGAUAUGAAGACACUGCUAUUCAAGCCAAAAACACACGGGAUUUUUGUGACGAGCCUCGAAUUUCUGGACCGAGUCGCCCGCGAUCUACCCAGCGAAUCGACACAACAAAAUGGUGCUCAUCCCGCUGCUCAGCCGAUCCUCCCCGGUCCAUCAGCUGCCUGUCGUGCCUCUCUCAUCUCUCUAUCUGCCGACAAGACUGUUCAGUUGCAUCAACUUCCGUUCCCGGAAUCGCCGUCUCUAUCAUCUGCUCUAUUCUGGACUGCCCUCUUUCUUCUUCUCAUCCAAUUCUUUGUCGCAUACUUUAUCUUG